AUGUUUUUAGAACAACUUUCAAUAUUGGAAGGAAGAUUUCUACUGAACUGGCAUGCAAUAAAACAUAAGUCAUUUACCUGUAAUUCUACCUGUAUACCAAAAUGGUAUAAAAUCCUGCAACCAAUUGUAUUAGAAUCUAAUGAUGGUAGUAAUCUGGAACCCUAUGAUACAGAAUCCAAUUUUUGGAAAGAUUAUAGAAAACAUCCAAAUUAUAAUCAAAUAAUUAUUGAACAUUGGAUAAUUAAUAACAUAUUUUCAACAACUGAUAUUCCAAUAAUUCAAAAAUGCAAUGGUUGUUUCAAAAUCAACUCAGAGACAAAUUCAAUUAUGUUUUUAGAACAACUUUCAAUAUUGGAAGGAAGAUUUCUACUGAACUGGCAUGCAAUAAAACAUAAGUCAUUUACCUGUAAUUCUACCUGUAUACCAAAAUGGUAUAAAAUCCUGCAACCAAUUGUAUUAGAAUCUAAUGAUGGUUCUAAUUUUUUAAAGCCACAAUUUAUAACUCAUAAUAUACAAAAUCUAAAGGGACAAUCAAUAACAUAUCCUAAUUUGAAUACUCAAAGUCAAUAUUAG